AUGUCAAAUAAUAUCAUUUCAACAUACAAAUUCAAACCGUUUCAUUUCACUGUAUUAAGGAAAGAUUGUGAUCCAGCGCAAGGUUCAAUAUAUAGAUUUGGAUAUCAAUUGGUGUGCAAUAAUAAUGCCUAUAUAUUAUCGUUUCGAAGUUUCAAUGUUCAAACAAAUGAUGCUCCUGGUCAAAGAGUUAUGCGUCAGAUUUGGAAGUAUAGUUUGGAUUCAGGUGAAUGGAAAGUCGUGAAUUGUAAAAAUGUUCCUCAGGAAUUAGUAACUAGUUAUAAAAUAGUUACACUUCCUGGUGACAUAAUUAUUAUAUUUGGAGGUAUUGGAGUUCCAUCUGGAGGAAUUUGUAGAAACCGCAUGUACUUGGCAAAUUUAGCCAAUGAAUAUAAAGAAAAUGGAAUGAGCUUUAUAGAUUUAGAAGAGUCUGGAGAUGUUCCUUUACCAUUAUAUGGACUAGGUGUUGUAAUGGAUGGUAAAUAUAUUUAUUCAAUUGGUAACUCAUCUGGUUCCAAACAUGAGAUGGAUGUUCAUCGAUUUGAUCUGAGUACAAGAAAAUGGGAGUUGUUAUAUAAGUCACUAGGGGAAGAUGAAGACCCUAAUCCUAGACAUCAACAUAAAGUUGUAUUCUCCAAGGGCAGAAUAUACAUAUUCGGUAGCAAGAUACGUGAUGCUGAUAAUUUUAUUUACUUUGGUUUUAAGAAAAUCCAUAUGUUUGAUGUGGCCAACAAACAGUGGCAUUUGUUUCCAACCAAACCCGACCACAAGGAGCCAGAACCUGGUUAUCCGAUUAACAGAUGCUUUCAUAGCUGUGUCCAAUGUCCUGAGAAAUCCAAUUUGGUGUAUUUAUGUGGUGGUCUUGGUGAUUUCCAAACUUUCAAUGACGUUUGGCGUAUUGACAUUGACACUAUGCAAUGGGGAAAAGCUGACCAAUUGUAUAAUGCCUCUUCCAUUACUGAACGGAGUGAUUUAGAUCCAGCUAACCGUUCAAUUGAUAUUACUGGGGCAAGGGAUGACGAUACCCAAUGGAAAGUUAUAUGUUGGGAAGCAAUGAUUCACUAUUUCAAAGAAGCGAUGGUUUUAAGUCUGAGUAUGAGUGUCAAAGAAAAUUGGGUAUAA